AUUUUCAAUUUCAUUCAGUAAUCAUUUGAACGCCACGAUGGAAAGAUAUAUAUCAGAAAAUAAUUCCUUGCAUAGUGCUAAAUUUAUUUGACACCCGUAUUUAAAAUACCCACAAUGAUUAAAGAAGAAAAAAAUAGUGAAUAAAAUCAGUGUUAAAUGGUCUAGAUAUUGGCAUAAUUUGAGUAUUCGCCUUUCCUUCUCUUGAUUUAAGCAAAUUAUAAAGCCCAGAAAGGCGAUUUAAAGAGAAAGUCGAUUUUUUUAAAAGAAAAGUUUUGUGAUCUGAUGGAACAUCAAAAAGAAAACAUGGAUCAAACAGAAAAUGUGUCGAGAAUACCGAUAAAAGUAGAACAUGAAGGGGAAAUUACAAGAAAAGAACCUUUUUGGGUGUUUGGAUAUGGAUCUUUAUGCUGGAACCCUGGGUUCGACUACCAACAGUCGGUUACGGGAUACGUGAAAGGAUUUUCUCGACGAUUUUGGCAAGGCAACACAACUCAUCGUGGUACUGAAUCCAAGCCCGGACGAGUUGCGACUUUAAUAGAGGACAAUGAGGGCGUCACGUGGGGCAAAGCAUUCUUAAUAGCGGCAGAAAACAAGGCCGCCUUACCUUACCUUUCCACUAGAGAAUGCAAACUUGGCGGAUACAGAAUAUAUACCGUUAACUUUCACCCUCGACCGUGUCUCUUCUCUUCCCCUAGUAGCAGUAGUGACUUCCAAACAGAUAGAAACGCAUUAUUGUAUAUAGCAAUGCCAGAAAAUAGACAUUGGCUCGGAGCUGCGCCCUUACCUGACAUAGCUAAACAGAUAUUAGAAUGUCACGGAUCGUCCGGAUCUAAUGCGGAAUACCUUUUGAAAUUAGCAGACUUUAUGAGAGAUGAAAUACCUGAAGCUUUGGAUGAACAUCUCUUCUCAUUGGAAAGAUUAGUUAAGAAAUUCGCUUCAGAUAUGAGAAUUUGUUUGAAGACGUUGAUGGGAGAGAAGGAGGAGAUAAAAGAAGAAUCAAAAGAAGCAAAGGCUGUGGUACCAAGCUUCCAAUUUGCUUCCCGUGUGCCUGACAAGAAAUUACGCUGUGUUAACAUGUAAUAAUUUUUGACUUUGCUUUUGAUUAUAACCCAGUCUUAACUUUUGUAGAACAUUGACUUUGACUUGAAUUCGACUUAACUUCGCGACUAUAAAAAUAACCUUUGUUCCUAUUUCUAGUUCUAACUGGUUUAGUAAAUGCGCUAGUUUGGUAAAACAACGGACGUAGGUACCGUUGUUCAAUACAUUCUCUGUUGUGAUUAAUCACUCUAUGUUAUGACAUACGUACGUUUAGUUUGAUAACUAACGAUCUACCAACUACCAGGAUUAUAUCUGCCUUAUGACCGACAAUUAGAAGGCAAUAGACUAAUGUAAUAGAAUUUUUUCUUUUAACGGACAUCAUGAUCUCAUAAUUUGACUAUCACUAUUAUGUUUAAUCCAUCAACCCGCACUUGGCCAGCGUAGUUGACUAUGGCCUUUAUUUUGUAUCGGGGGGAAAUGUUCGUAAAUCCUGCCUUUUGGGACAAAGACAGCCUUAUGUGAGAUUCUUACUCUCUAAAACCCCCUCGGUGACCAACCUCAAGGAACUCACCGGAGGUUGACUAUGGCCUAGUCAUCCGUGACUUUGGGUAGGCUCUGAGCCCUUCAGUGGGGACUUAUAGUGAGCUGAUGAUGAAUUAUGUUUAAUAUCCCUAGCACAAACAUGUCAGGCCAAAAACGAUAAGUAUUAUGUUUAUAAUAUAUUCUAAGUUUAUUUUAAGUUUAUUAUGUGAUUUUUAGUUUAAUAUGAUAAGUAUUUGUAAAUAUUUGUGAUUAAAAAUGUUUGUCUAUUUUGUUUUUAAGUUACGAUAAAUUAAUGAUUGAAGAUAUUUGUCUU